CGCGGGACAAAGGCGGUGUGACGGAGUGUGGGCGGGGAUUGGCGCCGGCGGCUGAGGGAGCAAGAACAGAAACCGCUGGAGAAGCUGAGCGGGCCCGGGCGGCGCCUGUCGACAGACAUCCGACAUGUCUGGUAAACAUCCCGGGGAGGUCGCCGGGCCCCAGCGCCAAGACCCUGCUCCUGCCCCCGGGCAGAGGAGACAGUGAGACAGGGUAGGAUUGGAAACCGCGGGAGACUGGGGGAGGCCUGAGGCCUCGAAUACGAGCCCCCGUGUUUGUUUGACUGGGGAAGGACCUCGCGGAUAACUGGCCGCCAUCUUUGUGAGGACAGGAAAAAAGCGAGGACACCGGGAGCGGGGGAAAGACAUGAUGAAGAUGGAUUUGAAUUUCAUUGCAGGAGGAGGGAUAAUGUAACAUUUGAAGAUCUGAAGACGCAAGUUUCAAAAUCAACAGAUGAAGGGUUUAUGCCCAAAAUGUUGACUCUCUUCCUCGGAUGCUACCUGACCUGCUGUGCUUUUCCAGCACCGCAUUUUUCAACUCGGACUCUCCAGUGUCUGCAGUCCUCAUUUUCAUGUCAAUGUUUGACAGUCACUCAAUCCAUCAAGACUGCAACGAUUUUCAUCUGAUUCUGAGAGAAAAGGAGCAAGGAUCUAUGGUUCCUGUUUCAGUACGUUCCCAGCAUCAGUGGGACCCUACCAUUGCAGUGCCCUGAGUGUGGAGCCUGAAACAGUUAUACAGUCUAAGAGGAAUUCACAGCGGGGAGGGGCUGUACACACGUAUGUGUGCAGCUGAAGCUUCAGCCAUGGAGAAACCCGAGGAAUCCCGCCCCAUGGAGAAACCGUGGAAGUGUGGUGACUGCGGGAAAGGCUUCUGUGUGCCAUCUGCCCUGGAGACUCAUCGGCGCAGUCACACUGGGGAGAGGCCAUUCUCGUGCCCUGAGUGUGGGAAAGGCUUUACACGCUCCUCCCACCUGCUGGACCACCAGCGGGUCCACACUGGGGAGAGGCCCUUCAGCUGCCCUGAGUGCAGAAAGGCCUUCAGCGAUUCCUCCAACCUGCUGAGGCACAUGCGGGUCCACACAGGGGAGAGGCCGUUCUCUUGCCCCAAAUGCAAGAAGACCUUCAGCAAUUCCUCCGACCUACUAGCCCACCGGCGGAUCCACACGGGGGAGAGGCCCUUCCACUGUCCUGAGUGCAGGAAGGCCUUCAACAAUUCCUCCAAUCUGCUGAGACACCGGCAGGUCCACAUGGGCAAGAAGCCGUUCUCCCACCCUAAGUGCGGGAAGGCCUUCAGUGAUUCCUCCAUCCUGCUGACCCACCAGCGGAUCCACACUGGGGAGAGCCCAUUCUCCUGCCCCAAGUGCGGGAAGGCCUUCAGCAAGUCCUCAGGCCUGCUCAGGCACUGGCGGGUCCAUGUGGAGGAGAGGCCCUUCCAUUGCCCUGAGUGCGGGAAGGGGUUUACCCAUGCCUCCACCCUUGUGGCGCAUGGUCGGGUCCACACCAGGGUGAUGCUGUUCUCAUGCCCCGAGUGCAGGAAGGGCUUCAGCCAGGCCUCCCACCUCCAGACCCACUGGCGGGUCCACACAGGCAAGAAGCCAUUCCCCUGCCUCGAGUGUGGGAAGGGCUUUGCUGUCUCCUCCCACCUACUGCGACACCGUCGGGUCCACACUGGGGAGAGGCCCUUCAGCUGCCCUGAGUGUGGGAAGGCCUUCACCCAGUCCUCCCACCUCCAGACCCACCAGCGGGUCCACACUGGGGAGAGGCCCUUCAGCUGUUCCGUGUGCGGGAAGGCGUUCAGCAAUUCCUCCAGCCUGCUGAGGCACCAGCACGUCCACACUGGGGAGAGGCCGUUCUCCUGCCCUGAGUGCGGGAAGGGCUUUACCCGCUUCUCUAACCUACUGACCCACCGGCGGGUCCACACGGGCGAGAAGCCCUACAGCUGCCCCAAAUGCAGGAAGGGCUUCACCCAGGCCUCCGCCCUCCUGGCCCACCAGCGGGUCCACACUGGCGAGCGGCCCUUCCCCUGCCCGGAGUGCAGGAAAGCCUUCAGCAAUUCCUCUGACCUGCUGAGGCACCAGCGGGUCCACACCGGGGAGAGGCCGUUUGCCUGCCCCGAGUGCGGGCGGAGGUUCACAUUGUCCUGCAACUUGCGGAAGCACCAGCAGGGACACCAGCGCUCCCAAAGAUCAGUUUCUGCCAGUGACAAUGCUCUGGGUCACCCCCCAGACUGAACCUCCUGCCUGUUCUGACAGUGGGUGUGGUGGCAGAGUCGGUGGGUUUUUUUUUGGUUUCUGCUGGACUACACCCAGCCCAGCCCACCCCCCACAACGGUUCAGGGGUGGCACAGUGGCUCACAGCUCGCAUACCUGGGUUCUAUUCCACUCUGUGCAAACUCCACGCAGUCACACCCAUUCUCACCCCUUAUUUGCAUGGGUUUCCUCCCACAGUUCAAAGCUGUACAGGUUAGCGUUAAUUGGUCAAGCUAAAUUGUCCCAUAGUGGAUGUGUAGGUGUGAUGCAUUAGUCAAGGGUAAAUAUAGAUUAAUAGGGUAGGAGAAUGGGGCUGGAUGUGUUAUAUCUACCACUUCCUCUGGCAGCUCAUUCAAUAUACACACUACCCUCUGCAUGAAAAAAGCUGCCCCUUAGGUCCCUUUUAAAUCUUUCCCCUCUCAUCUUAAACCUCUAGUUUUGGAUUCCUCCACCUAUCUGUGCCCCUCUUGUGAUUUUAUAAAUCUCUUAUAAGGUUAUCCCUCAACCUCUGAUGCUCCAGGGAAAAUACCUGCAACUUAUUCAGCCUCUAUAACUCAACACUCUCCAACCCCAGCAACAUCCUUGUAAAUCUUUUGUGAACCUUUUCAAGUUUCACAACAUCCUUCCUGGAGACAAUUUGCAGGUUUACAGUGAUAUGGACCAGGCCUGACCUCCUCAAAACAGGUAGCCCAGACCCAAACAGUUGGUUAAACCACUUGGCUUCCAGGAAAACUAAUAUUUAUUUACAUGCCACCGAGAAAGGAACUGUUCCAAUUUCCUGCAACAUUGCCAAAGGGGUGUGUUUAUGGUUAAAAAAAAAGGUCAGUUCAAACACCGGUUCUUACAGGAGAGUUAGGCAGAAACACCUGUUGAAUCAGGGAACCUUUCUUCCCCAGCAGCUUCAGACGAGGGGAAAAAAGGGAGAACUGCCCUUUCAUUAUACAAGUCUUUUUAGAAAAGAAACUUCAAAAACCUUUUCCCUGAUUAUUGCCCCAGUCAUUACCUGUUAGCCAUUUGCGAAGUCCCCAAUCCCAGAUGAAUUGGAACCUCUAUCUUUUACAGCCCCCAACUGAAAAAAAAAUCGAUUUAUCAAUGUAGAAAAGAAAGGGGCAUUUGUACAGAGCCCCAAAUCGCUAGAGCUAAGAGUCCUCAGCUCGAGAGAAAGAAGUUGGCUUUCAGUCAUCUGCGUAUUAGAGAAAGCAUCGUUUUUAAAAAAAAGACAACGGCAUUCCUGACAGAAUACUCCAUUGAACAAGGUGCUGAAUAUUCCAGAACUCGUGUAACAUGGCUGUAAUCUGAGAGACUAAAUUCUAUAUUUUUGUUGUAUCAUUGGGACUCUUAUUUAUUGGAAUAACAUACCACAAGAAUCUUAUUUCAUUCAGGUAUAGUCAGU